CGUGAUGCACAACUUGCGCUGCGCGUAUCGCGGUGAUGCCUGAGACAGCACUGCACAAUAUCACUGAUUGUCGCCCGCACUGACUGCUCUCCAACAUGGCUGCUCCCAACGGCCACGCAGACCAACUGCUGAAGCGUCCGCUGUACGUCUUCGACUUGCCGGAUGAGAUCCUGUAUACGCUGCAGCUCAAGUCCCAGCCCACCGCCGGUGCUGACCCAGACUUGACAACACCACCGCCUCCGACACCUGCCUCGCCCUCCCUCACCGCCACCGAAAACCAGGAAGGUGCCCCGUCGAAAGCCACAUCAUGCGCUCUCUGUGGCCUGAGCUUCGCCAGCCUGCUGGAACAGCGCAGCCACAUCCGUUCAGACUUGCAUGGGUACAAUAUCAAGCAGAAACAGCGGAAUAAGAAGCCAGUGAGCGAGGCCGAAUUUGAGCAGCUGGUGGGGCAACUCGAUGAGAGCAUAUCAGGCUCCGAUACAUCAGAUACCGAAGAUGACGAAGACGAUAAGCACGAGUCAACCCUCAGCGCACUGCUGAAGAGACAGGCGAAGAUCACAGAUGGCGACGCUGAUGAUGCCCCAACACUGAAACGUAAGCGGGGCUCAGGGAAGCCGCCGAUGAUAUGGUUCUCGUCGUCGAAGCUGCCUUUGAACACCUCGCUCGGAGUAUACAGAUCGAUAUUCACAUCGAAGGAACAGGAUCAGGAGGACAAACUCCUGGAUGUUAUCAAGCAAAAGCAACUUGCUCCAAAGCCUCAACCCUCACACCAAAAGAAGCAGCAGAGCAAAGAUGAGGAGGAGGAUGGAGGCGUCGCUUUGCCAGCUUCGAUGAUUCAGAGAGGAACGAGCGCCGAUGGACCUCAUUAUUUUCUUUGCAUGAUCGGGGGUGGACAUUUCGCUGCCAUGGUCGUCUCGCUCACGCCCAAGCUUACCAAGAAAGCCGGGAUUGAAGAUCGAUCAGCAACAGUCAUUGCACACAAGACCUUCCACCGCUACACGACGAGACGGAAACAAGGUGGCUCACAAUCUGCGAACGACAACGCGAAAGGGAACGCCCAUUCUGCAGGCUCUAGCAUCCGGCGAUAUAAUGAAUCUGCACUAAUUCAGGAGGUUCGAGAUCUGUUGGCCGAGUGGAAGCCGCUCAUCGAUACCUCAGAACUCUUAUUCAUCAGAGCUUCAGGGACCACGAAUCGGCGGACUUUGUUUGGUCCGUAUGAGGAACAAGUGCUGAAUUCCCGCGACGAUCGCAUUAGAGGCUUCCCGUUCAACACGCGACGCGCGACGCAAUCUGAACUCAUGCGAGCUUUCGUCGAAUUAACAAGAGUCAAAGUCAGUGAAGUCGACGAGGCUGCUCUUGCGAGGCAGGCUGAGGAAGAUCAAGCCAAAGCUACUGCGAAAGCUGAAGCUUUGGCUAACAGCAAAAAUAAUGCACCGAAAGCCGCCAAGAUCUCGAAGGAAGAUGAAGAGGCAGCGCUGCACACGCAACAACUCCAAGCACUAAUACGCCGGUCGAAAGCACCCGGACUGCUCUCAUAUAUCCAGUCCAACAAACUCAGUCCAGAUCUUCGAUUUGUUCCCGCUGAACACAACCACCACGCGCCUACGCCGCUUCAUCUAGCCGCUGCCUCCAACAGCCCAGCCUGUGUAUCCACUCUAUUGAUCAAGCUAGGCGCAGAUCCGACGACACGAAAUGAGGAUGGCAAAUCAGCAUUCGAUAUUGCAGGCGAUCGUGCAACCCGUGAUGCCUUCCGGCUCGCUCGCGCUCAGCUGGGCGAGGAUAAAUGGUCUUGGGAAGACGCAGGCGUAGCAGCGGCUCUAUCGCAAGCGGAUGCUCAAGCUCGUGCAGCUCGUGAGAAGGAAGAGAAGGCCGCAGAAGAUGCUGCAGAGAAGCAGAGAAGGCAGGCUGAGAUCGAGCGUCUACGCAAGGAGGACACGCAGAAACGCAACGAUCAACAAGAGAAGAAAUUCGGGAAAGGCCACAUGCUAGCCAAACCGCAAUUGACUGCAGAAGAACGACGAGCGGAGGAAGCAAGAGGAAUGACCGACGAGAUGCGGAUGAGACUCGAGCGUGAGAAGAGAGCCAGAGCCGCUGAAGAGCGGAUGAAGCGCUUGGCUGGAAAGUAAUCCAAAAUUCGGAUGCGUGGUCAUCCAUGUCACUCGAAUGGCAUCCCAUCCAGGACAUGACCUCUCGUGUUCGAUCGGAAUCCUGCAACGGCGUUAGCCGAUCGCCAGCGCUAGAGUAGACCUCUGACAGACCGCUCGUAGCACAGUCAAAGGCGCAAAUACGAUGGACGAAGAUCAAGAUGCGAGGCUGCCCUUAACUCAUGGUACCCCAGCGGUUUCUGUUUAUGAUCCGAAAGCUUCAUCAAUGCUUUGCCACACUUGCCCCCGCAAUGACCCUUUGGACGCCACUGCAGAAGUAGGCUCUCACGUC